AGGGGCGAUACAUUUCUCUUAACGGCUUUGUGUUUCUUUGUGGUUUUUCGUUUCUACUCGGACCUCUGGCACCGUAACACACAAAGAGAGUUGUUGAGCUGUGAAUUUGCACUAGCUAGUUAAUUUCAACAAAAAAUAUGUAAUAUGGAGCUCCAGGAAAAGGCAACGGUGCCGAUAUUUGUAGAUGUAGAUAAGGAUAUUUUUCUGAGGGACAUUUAUCCACAGCGGAGACCGGCCGUGCUAAGAGGCGUAAAUCUUGGACCGUGUCUGGAAAAAUGGACCAUCGACUAUCUCACUGACAAAGGAGGGGACAAGGAAGUGAAAAUUCAUGUCUCCACAGUGCCGCAGAUGGACUUCCUCCACAAAAACUUUGCAUACAAGACUCUGCCAUUCAAGGAGUUUGUGAAAAGAGCAUCUGAAAAAAAGCACUCUCAUUUCUUCCUGUGUGAGGAGGAGAGCUAUUAUUUGCGAUCACUGGGAGAGGAUGUACGAAAGGAACCAGCUGAUCUGAGCAAACAGUUCCCAGAUUUGGCUGCAGAUUUUCACAUACCUGAGUUCUUUGCUCCUGAUCAGUUUUUCUCCAGCGUUUUCCGGAUCAGCUCCAGUGGUCUGCAGCUAUGGACACAUUAUGAUGUGAUGGACAAUCUGCUGGCUCAGGUGACUGGGACAAAAAGAGUUGUUCUCUACAGCCCCCAGGAUGCACUGCACCUCUACCUGUCAGGAGAUAAAUCUGAAGUCCUGGACAUCGACUCCCCAGACCUGAAACGGUUUCCUGAGUUUGUAAAGGCAAAGAGGUACGAGUGCAUGCUGGAGACUGGAGAUCUGCUCUUUAUUCCAGCUCUGUGGUUCCACAACACCCUUGCUCUGCAGUUUGGAGUAGGCAUCAACGUCUUCUGGCGCCACCUUCCUGCUGACAGUUAUGACAAAAAAGACCCGUAUGGAAACAAAGACCCCGUGGCUGCAACUCGAGCCCUCCAGGCCCUGGAGAGAGUGCUGCACACUUUGGAUGAACUCCCUGCAGAUUAUCGGGACUUUUAUGGGCGACGUAUGAUUCAGCGGAUACAGACACGGACGUUCUGUGAUAGUGAGUCGCAAACAAGUUCACAGCAGGACUCUGAAAGUACGACACCAGGCGGCCAAGUCAACAAACCAGGAUGAGAAUCUGGAAAAAAGUAGAUUAACCAAUAAAAGUCUUAUGUAAUUUG